AUGACUUUCACCAGGGUGCUACACGUCGCGGCUCUGGUCCUGAUGCAAGGGGAUUUUCCAGGAGCUGGCAGCGAAACCGUAACUCUGAAGGAAGGAGAGGACCUAAAUCUCCACUGCACCCUCGGCAGUGACAACGGUUCUGCCCAGCAGUGGUUAAAUCCUCACGGGUUCACCAUUUUCCUAAGCAACCUGCGGGUUUUAAGAGAUCAGAGGUACAAACUUCUCCAUCAUUCAAAGGACGAGUUAUCCAUCCAACUGUCUAACGUAACAGUGCACGAUGAAGGCGUCUAUAAAUGCUUCUACUACGGCAAGCCAUUCAAAAGCAAGGAGGAGACUGUUAAGGUAUUAGCUGCUCCUUCUAAUCCAGCACUGAAAGUAUCCCAAGACACAGAAAGAAGUAUUACACUGUCCUGCUAUACUCAAGGAUCUAAACCACAACCUCAGAUUUCCUGGCUGUUGGACAACGGGAUAGAGCUCCCUGGUGACACUGAGCACAAGUUAGAAGCUGAUGGGAAGAAAUGGACCACAACCAGCACGCUGACAGUCCUCGCCUAUGGGCCCAACUCAACAGCCAGCUGCAUCGUUCGCCACCGAGCACUAAGAGAAGAGAAGCUGAUGGCAUCUUUCUGGUUUGAGGACCUCCCUAGGACAGUAACAAAUACAAAUCCUGUGCCAGAGGUGGACACACGUGUCUCCGAGAACGAGCAAUCUACAGUGACCACAGCGGAGUCAGAUCUGAACGGCAGCACAGCCUCCGCUCCAGGCUACCCACAGCAUACUGGAUUGGAACAACCAACCACCUCUUCUGCAGUACCAGAGGAUCCAGUAAUUACCAGCUCAGCGUCGACACCAACCCAGCAAAACCUCCAACCCAAUUUCACAUCUGCUUGGUCCGAAGUAACACCAACUGCAGCAGGAAAGGAAGAACUGGCCGGUUCCUCGAGUGAUCGCGUCCCCAACGGGACUGCAACAGCAUUUGGUGGCAACGUCACAGAAGAGGAACUUUCCAGGACAGAAGGCCCAUCAUCACCAAGUGAAAAAGUAACUGUGAUUUCCAUCGUCACCUUCGAGCAAGAUCUGAAGUCUGAAGGCAUCAAAAAGAGAGAGAGUAAUCUCCUGCUGCCCAUCUUGGUGGCUGCUCUGAUUUUCGUGCUGCUCGUCAUCGUCCUGCUUUUUAUGAGGAAGCUGAAAAAAGCUCAUGGAGUGUGGAAGAGAGAGAAUGAUGUUUCAGAGCAGACACUGGAGAGUUAUAAAUCCAAAUCUAAUGAAGAAAGUCCAGGCCACGAGAAGAACGGACACGUUGUCAAUCAGAAGUCCAAUGUGCAGUAUGUAACAGAAGGAUACACGGAAACAACGCAGAAGAAUCCACAAGACCAAACCAUUGCAAGAAGUGACAAACUGUUUGGAUGCGGAAAGGAAACGGAUGUAUAG